AUGUCCCUCGCCAUGUCACACUAUGCAAAGCAGCAGUAUGGCGACGGUACAUACGCCUCCCUCCAGCCACUCUUGCAGGACCCCACCGGCCUCCUCGUGUCCUCGAGCGUCUCACUUCCGCCGGCUGUCGGUGGAGAUCUGGACAUACUCUCGGCCUCCCAAUAUCCACACGGCCUGACGCAGCCUUACGAGGAGGUCAACCGGAUCCCUCGCAAGAGGAAGGCAACGUCUUCAGAUGAGCUCUAUGGUGGUCUUAUGAUCAGCGACGACUUCAGUGAUGGUAUCCGUCUGUCUACCGAAGAACAGGAGGUCCGUCCUACACCGCCGAGGAGGAGGAAACAGACCAAGCGAGCCUCGGUCAACGACACCGAGGACCCAAUCGAGGCCGAGAGCAAGAAACACAGAGGACGGCCCAGGCUCGACACCCAAGAUGAAACCGCUGCCGACCGUCGCCGGACUCAGAUUCGCCUGGCACAGCGGGCGUACCGGCAUCGAAAGGAAACCACCAUUUCGGCAUUAAAGCAGCAGGUGGCGGAUCUUCAAAAUACCAUUGAAGAGAUGAACAAGACAUUCCUGACCCUACACGACAACCUGGUCAACGCCGGGGUCCUGGCAUCCCACUACUCGAUCGGCCGCCAACUCCAAGCCGCCACGGAACAGUUCGUCGCCCUGUCCAAGCUUGCCGCCCCGGAGUCGGACGACGAAGAGGAAAAGAUUGCCAACCUUGACAAAGGCGAGUCCCAACAAUCUUCCAGACCGGACAAGAAUAACAGGCGGGCCAGCGUCCCACGCGCAAGGAAGUCGUCGUCUCAAUCGCCAGCAAAGGCCGAUGUAGCAUCUGGUGAUACCACCAUUGACGCGCUCUCUAGUAGUGCCGGACCAGAACUGGAGGAGCUCCCUCUGGACGUCAGCAACAACAUGAACAGCGACAAGUCCGACAACAAGACCGACAACAACGACAACAAUAGCCUGGCGCUGCUUGAUUUUUCGCAGCCGUGGUAUACGGACAGCCUGGACAGUCUCAACCAGUCCGGCUUUGACAAAUUAGAUGGCCUCUUCGCCGUUCCCGAGCCCUUGUUGGUUGAUGACGUGUUCGAACGAUUCUCAGUCGGAAGACAUUUGGCGUCGCCUGGCGUGUAUACGUACAGCUUCCAAGAGACGACGUUUGCCCGCCGCCUGCAUCGCAUGUGCCUGGAGCGGGCGUUCCGAAACCUGACGAACCCCGACAUCCAGCCGGAUUGGUACAAGCACCGGUUCCGCUUCACCUUGUGCUUCACCAACCGCAAGCGCAUCCUACAGCGGUUUCAGGAGAUGCUGAAGCGCCGCGCCGGGGAGUCCCUGGAGAACUUUGACAUACCUUUCUUCCACAUCGGCGGCGCCGGCACGCACUACCCACGCCGCGACCACCACGGGAACCCCAUCUACCCGCCAAACCUGCUGAGCCCAGCCGUGGUGUUCGGGCCGCAGCCGUAUAUCGAGGCCGAAACGCCGCGGGCGGAAAAUUCUACACAGGACUUGCUUGAAAACAUCGGGUACGGCGGCCAAUGGUACGACUCGCACGAUGUCGAGGAGUAUCUCAAGACUAUGGGUAUCUACCUGGAUGGCCACAGUUCCUUUGUCGAGGUUGACCCUUCCGUCCUCCGGCUUGUCAAGGCCGGCUCUAUCAAGUCCACCACGGCGGCCACCGCCAGCGGCAGCUCGAGCCCGCUUGACGCCAGCAUUCGCACCCCCUCGCCGCUCGUGGCCGGCAUCGCAGACCCUUUCACGGACUCGGUUUCCACACACGAGUUCGACGACACGUACACUCGGCAAAGCACGCUGCUUUCCGACAUGAUGCCCCUGGUCGCCGACAGUGGUGCGCAAUCUGGGGGUGUCAUAAGUACUGGUGCUGGCGGUGCUGGCAGUGCUACAGUCAAUCCACACAACCUCCCUAAACUGGCGUCCCAGUCAUCCGAUGCAUGGGCACAAUUCACCUCGCAGCCCGCGCCCACUUUAUUCCAGGACAUAGACCAGCACCAGCAGCAACCGAAUUAUCCGUCCCUCGUCACCUUCGACGUGGAUCAGUUCCUCGAGAGGAUGGUCGAUGCAAGCGCGUGUCUCGGCCGCGCCCCGGGGUUCCGAAAGGAGACUAUCGACAACUCCCUGAUGCUGAGUCUGCAGGAGAGCUUUUGA